AGGCAUGCGCAGUGGGCAGCGAGGGCCUCGCGCGCUCCCUGUAUCGUUCCAGUCAAGUUCGGGUCCAGCUCCGUAGCCGCGGGCGCAUGCGCAGUGCGCGGCCUUAACCUGUGGAGGCGCCUCUCAUUUUUUCUUGCCCGGAAGGACGGAGGGAAGCAGGGAGGGAUGACGACGGGGGCCUGGGUCCCGGCCUCCCUCCCCGGAGUCCGGCCCUCGCAGCCAGGGCUGCUCCCUCCCGCUGUGUAGCUCCAUGAGGAGCCUCCCUGGGGCUGGGAGGUGCUGAGCGCCAUGGCUCAAGGCGCGGAGAAGAUGGAGCUCGACCUGGAGCUGCCGCCGGCGACGCCCGGGAACGGAGCAGCCGGAGGAGGAGGAGGAGGAGGCGGCGGCGACGGGGGAGGCCUCAGGAGGUCCAACAGCGCCCCGCUCAUCCACGGACUCAGUGACAAUUCGCAGGUUUUCCAGCCUUACGUCUUGCGCACCCGCAGGAACAGCACAACGGUUGUGAACCGGCACAGCAUGCUGAUAUCAUCAUCUCCAAUACGUAUCCCCAGCAGCCGACUCCAUCAGAUCAGAAGGGAGGAAGGAGUGGAUUUGAUGAAUAGAGAAACAGCACAUGAGAGGGAAGUGCAAACAGCAAUGCAGAUAAGCCAGUCAUGGGAGGAAAGCUUGAGCCUGAGUGACAAUGAUCUGGACAAAUCUGAAAAAUCUUCAUCUCCAAAGAGGAUAGACUUCAUUCCUGUUUCUCCAGCACCUUCACCUACACGGGGCAUAGGAAAGCAAUGUUUCUCACCAUCCCUGCAAAUGUUUGUGAGUAGUAAUGGAUUGCCUCCUAGUCCCAUUCCCAGCCCUACAAGGAGGUUUUCAAACAGGAGGAGCCAGAGUCCAAUCAACUGCAUCAGGCCCAGUGUUCUUGGUCCCAUUAAAAGAAAAGGUGAAAUGGAAACUGAAAGUCAGCCAAAGAGACUCUUCCAAGGAACCACUAACAUGCUUUCUCCUGAUGUGACACAAUUGACUGACCUCAGUUCAUGUUUGUCUUCAGAUAUUCUCGAUGGGAGCACAAGCAGCGUCAGCUCUUCCUCCGAUUCGUUGGCCAAAGGCAGCACUACUGCAGAAUCUCCUGUCGCCUGCUCCAACUCUUGUUCCUCGUUCCUCUUGAUGGACGAUCUUUCACCCAAGUGACUUUACCCGGUUAUCACUCAAUGUCUGCCUGUGCUGUUCUCUCGCUGUACAUUUGUACAGAGAAGCCCAUGGAGUUAAAUCCUUGAGGAUAUGAGGAUUUAAAUACUGAGUGGAAAUAGUAACAUAACUGUAUUUUUUGCAACUUCUCCAAUUGGUUUUGAUUCUCCUUCUUAAUGGAUGUGUCAAGCCACUUUGAUGUCUGGUUUGGUGAUUUAUUUUUUUAAACAAGAAAUUAUUUUACCAGUGUCUGCUCAGAUCAUACUAACCUUGCUUUCAAAGAAACUACAUACCCUUUUUUAAAUACAAUCCCAAGCAAGCACCUCAUUUAUAUUAGUGUUGAAACUAGAUGGAAAACCUUUUGCUAUCAUGAUCACUUGUUCUGAAGGUAAGAAUAGUUGUUACAGAGCUUUUUUUUAAAGACCCCCCCCCUUUUUAAAAAAAAUACAUACUUGGUUUAGGAGUGGAAAGGAUUUUUUGUUGAAAGUUGACAUAUUCUGGAAACGCAGAAUAUGCUUAAACUGAGAUAAUUCAGAAUAGGGAAUUGUUCCCCUUUAUGUCUUUAUCGCAGCCUCUCCUUUGUCUUUCCCAAAGAUUUCUAACUGUUCCUAAUGCUUCUGGGCAAUUGCAGUGAUGAUGCUGGGAGCCAAAAAUGUCUAUUAGUUGGGGGGGGGGGUUCACUAUGGAUGCUGUUGUGGCUCAUCAUUGGCAACUGGAGGCGAAUAAACCAUCUUUCUGUGACACACAAUUCACUCACCUUCUGCAUCCUCUGACUCUCCAGACUCUGUCAGUUAUGUGGAUGACCAUUAGUGGUCACAGAAGUGUCUUUGGCCAGGAGAAGAAUGCAAGACAGGCAGUGGGGAUUUAUGGCCACAGUCGCUUAGACUACUGUGCAGAAUUUAUCAAGCAGUCAGUGGCCCCUGCGGCACUGAGAUGUGUUUGUGCCUUUGGGGGACAUAGUCACAAAGUGGAGGAAUGUAAACCAGAGGGUUUGGGUGGGAGAAAGGACCUUGGUUGUAAAGAGUGCUUUGUAUCAGGAUCUGUUGCCACUGCUGCUUUUCCCUUGGUUGCUCCUUGAGGUACUUGAUCCAUUGUGAAGGGCAAUUCCACCAGCAGACCCAGCUGUUCUGUGAUUGCGGCUUACACUGCUUUAUAUCCUCAGAACAGCCUCUUGGGUCCGGCUUGAAGACAGCAGACUAAUAAGCUAAUGUUAAUUUUUUUUAUAAAGGCUUUACAGUUUGUUUGGAUGCUAGUUCUGCUUAUAGUUUGACGUAAGGAACUUAUAUGUAAGCUGCAAUGAGGAGUAGGCCUGCUGUGUUACCCUGGGUAAGUUUGGGGUGCUGCACAUGAUUUAUUACUUCUUAUAUGAUCUAACUGGGCUUUAAAAAUAAAAGAGAGAGAGAGAGACCCAUUUGUAAUCUACUGUGUUAUGCUAUUUAUUAUUUAUAACUGUAAAAAAAUAGUCUGGUGAUGAAUUAUAGUAUUUUUUUAUGAUUGAAACCCUUUUUUAUGUUCUGUGAGUGAUGGCUGGUCUGUAUUUAAUAGGCAACGUUGUCUGCCAGAAAUGUACGCUUCCAGUUCUGAAUGUUUGUAAUUCACAUGCUCUUGUUGUCAAAGUACAACUUUGAUUAUUUUAUUGUUAUUAUUAUUAUUAUUAUUAUUAUUCCUUUUCUUUUGGUAAGAUAAUAGCACUGAACUUGACGUGAGAUUGUGCUAAACUGGUAAAGUGCGCAGUCUCUGGCAAGACUUGUCUGGCUGAGAAGGUGAGGGGAAAAGGACAUUCUGAAAGAGAACAUUUGGUUUUCCAUACUUAGCAUUUUCCUUUUACAAGUGUUUGUUUGGAAUUGUAAUAAGUACCAUACUUGGGCCAAACGUGCCUCUGUUACGUGUAUUACUAUUUUGCCUGUGGAGAGUUAGUUUCCCCACCUCCAAUAAAUGUGCAUAUGUAAAAUAUUA